AUGAACGGGCGCAAUGGCACCCUCUCGCCUGUCUCGACCGACAGCACCGAAUGGUCGCCCAUCGGCCGCUACCAGAGCCUCGACAACCCAUAUUCGCCCUCACUGCCCCCUUCCAGAAACGGCGUGACCCCGCCUGCCAGCGUCCACAGCAACCUCGAUGGGCGCAUGUCUGGUGGCAUGGCCCGCAACGGCAACCCCUCGCCACCAAGCUCAGUGGGGCGCUCGAGUGAUGGCACCGGCCUGUACGCCCAGAGCGUGAGCGACCGAGGCAUGAACGACCGCAAGAUGAUGGCGCUGGAGGAUACGCUGGCCGAGCACUACCGCGUGUUGAAGGCCUACCUGGGCCCCUACCUGAAUGACGAGAAAGGCAACCCGCGCCCGAGCAGAGCGAAAGACAAGCUCACGCGGCUUUCAACGGUCCAGUUCCAGGAACUUAGUACCGACGUAUACGAUGAGUCGAUCCGCCGCGAGCUCGACCGCAAGCGCGGUGGGCCAGGUGCUCCAGGCAACGAGACCCCCAAGCACCUCCUGCCCAAGAAUAACUUCCACCCGAAGCGCAACCAGGCGAGACAGAAGCUGUCCACACUGCCGCUCGAGCGCUUCCGCCAGCUCGCCACCGACGUAUUCUAUGAGCUUGAGAGGAGGUCGCCGCGUUUUACGGGGGGAGACAUUCCAAGAGCAGGUAGUCCAGCUGGUAGCAUGGCUAGCAGGACCAGCAGAGGAGCGCCUAGCCGCGUAGGCACACCCAACAGCAUGGGCGGAGGUCCGCGUGGUGGGCGUCCUCCCCCCGGUGGAUAUCGCGGUCCUCCGCCGCCAGGUAUGAUGAAUGGGCCACCUGGUGCGCUACGUCCAGGCUCGCAGCCAAACGACUUGGGUAGACCGCUCCCAAAGACCUUUCAGCAGAACACGAUUGUACCUAACAAGGGCACGAUGGUAGAGGACGAAGACGACAGCGGCGCGGAUGACGAUGAUGCUUUCAACUUGGAGGGCGCUGCAGCUCGACGACAGACUAACAAGAGCGCGAAGAGUAUGGGUGAGGCCCAGGAGAAGAUGAUCUCGGAUCUGGAAAAUCAAUUGUCAGAAAUGCAGGGCAAGGUCGGCUCGCUGGAAGGGUCAUUACGUGAAAAGGAUGCAGAACUACAGAAGGCAAAGGAAGCAGACAGUAUGCGCGACAGUAACACAGCUUCAGAGCGUGCUGAAUGGGACGAUCUGCGUUACUCUUUGGAAGAGAAGGUUGAAAAAGCCGAGAACUUGAAUACUUCGCUUCGUUCGGAAAUCGACCGGUUACGGAACGAAAACGCAGAUACGGAGCGCAGCCUGCGCGCUCAAAUUGCGGACCUGGAAGCAAACCCGCCUCAGAAGGCGUACGACAGUGACAAUGAUGAAUGGAGACUACGAUGUGAGGAUUUGGAGCGUGAACUCAGCGAACAGCAACAAGUAUCAGAGGAGGUCCGCCGGGAUGCGCAGAUGUUCCUACAGGAAAUGCGGGAAUUGUCAUCCCGAAGUGAUGCAGCUGUGGAGAAAGAAGAGCGUCUUGCUGGUCAGGUAUCAUCGCUAGAGGCCGAAGUCAAAGAGUGGAAAUCCCGCUACGCUCGCGCUAAGACGCAGCUCCGCAGUUUGAAAGCGUCGUCUAUCGGCCUGGCGUCCCUCGCAUCCCCAGACAUUAGCAACUACGCGCGCGAUGCUACUUUCAGCACACCAGAUGGCGCUGUCAAAGAUGUACACGUCACAAACUUCCAACUCAGCAUAGACGAGCUGCUCCAGGUUGCACGUAGGGCUGAUCCGGAGCAGGUGCUCGAGAGCAUGAGGCAUGUGGUGAAGUGUGUGCGAGCCAUCACCGGCGACAUUGACAACACCUCCCUUUCGCAGCUCGCGUCCCCAACCAGUAGCGUGGCUGGGGAUCUCGCGAACCCUGAAAAGAAACUCAAGUCGCGUGUGAGCGCCACUGCAAACAAUCUUAUUACUGCAAGCAAGAACCACGCAUCAUCUGGGGGCCUUUCACCCGUUAGCUUAUUGGAUGCUGCCGCUAGCCACCUUUCCACUGCCGUUGUCGAAUUAGUCAAGCAUGUCAAGGUUCGACCAACACCCGAGGACGAAUUCGACAAUGACGAGGAAGAUGAUAUGCCGAUGCCUCUAAAGCCGAAUGGUUCAUCUACCGUCAACACGUAUAACCCCAAUACCGCCAACGGUAACCCUGUGGGACUUGGACUCGGCCACCAGCGCCAACGUAGUAAAGGCGGGAGCAGCGAGUCUACCAGAUACAGUGCAUACAGUUCUCCAUACAGCGGUUAUGACGACCGGCAAAGUUAUGGGGCGAACGGAUUGGGUUACGAGAGGGAUCAAGGCAUGACCGAGUUUAAGAAUUACCUCGAAGACCAGACCGCUCUUCUUGUCCAAAGCAUUCAGCCUUUGGUCAAUCUAAUACGUUCUAAUGCCGUGUCGACGCCCGCCGAUGAACAGAAGAUCGACGACUACAUUCAAGACAUCUCGCGUGCAGUUCAAGACACGGGCAUUCGCAGCUAUGACGCCGUGAAGGAGCUCUCCAGUCCUGCGUUGAAGAAGCACGCCAUCCCCGUCGUAGAGGUGCUUGAAGACUGCAGACAGGAUAUGCUAGCCAUGGACAUCGGUGAGGGCGGACGGGAGAGGAUACCGCCGCUAGCUUUCAAGACUGCCCGCGCCCUGAAGGAGCUUGUACUUCGCGUUGAUCGCAUCGAAACCGGCGAACUGACUGUCGACCAAACGCUCAAGAGCGACUUUUGA